CUUGAGUGAAAAAUGGUUGAAUUCUGUGAAGUUUUACGAGUUUUACCGUAUAUUAAAUAUUUACUUUACAUUGUGACGCUGGAAGCGAUGAAACGAGUGAAAAAGUAAACACCACCACGGUGAAAAUCAAAAAGUUGUUCUGUUUUGAGUGAGUUGUGUGAGGAAAAUGGAGGAAUUCCCCCAAAUAAAGGUUGAAGAAUGCACUCCGAUCAAAGUAGAAGAGCUUAUCAUAAGCGACUCUGUGGUUGCGGAAGAGGUCGGCAUCGAUUGGUCCUCCGGUGAAUUGACCGUAUCGAACGCCCUGGGGGAAGGUUCAGCUAGUGUUAAACAAGAACCUGUAACGGAUAUCAGUGAUGAAGUCGAGACUACGGCAGCUUGUUACGAGAUUGCAGUUUCUAGCUCCAGCAACUCGGAUGGUUUGGAAAAGCGCCAUAUCGAUAAUCAGGCUCGGAAAAAGUACGUUUGUGAAUUCUGCAACAAGGAAUAUAGUACCAAAAUCAACUUCGAGAAUCAUAGAAGAACUCACACCGGAGAACGACCGUUUGCUUGUGAUAUCUGUGACAAAACAUUCAACACCGUCAGACGUUUGCAGUUCCACAAGGGUACUAUUCACUCGCUAAUCCGGAACUUCAAAUGUGAAAUUUGUGAGCGAAGUUACUUCCUGAAAUCAGAGUUAUUGCUCCACAUGAACAAACACAGCACGGAUUGCCCGUAUAAGUGUCCCAUUUGCGAAAAAACAUUCGCAAGCAAUGGUCAUCUCGCGGACCAUAUGGCCAGUCACAGCGAUGAGCGACCUUUCCAGUGCGACGUCUGUGGCGCAUCCUUCAAAAGAUCGAAAGCGUUGAAAAAGCAUAGAAAGACCCACGGACCCGAUCCCGCCCUAACAGGCAAUGCGGACGUUGUGGAAUCGAAUGCCACUGACGACGAUCAGCAAAAAUACACCUGCGAUAUCUGUGGCAAAGGAUUCAGGACUGAAGGCUAUCUCUCGGCACACAGGACAACUCACAGCGACGAACAACGAUACAAAUGUGACUUAUGUGGCAAAGUUUUAAAAGAUAAGAUCAAACUUGGCCACCAUUUACAGUGCCACAUGGAAGCGAAAAAUUUCCAAUGUGAAAAAUGUAACAGAAGCUUCUCCGAGAGAAAACAAUUUGACAACCAUAUGAGACAUCACAUCACGGAACGUCCUCAUAAAUGUCCCAUUUGCGCUAAAGGGUUUGCAUUUCCGUAUUUACUCAAAAAUCAUAUGAGCGGUCACAGUCUUGAGCGAUCAUAUAAAUGCGAUAUCUGCGGCUCAGCAUACAAACACCUUAGUGCUUUGAACUUUCAUAGAAAAUUUCACUUCGGGGCACAUCCUUAUCGAUGUGAACUGUGCGGUAGCCAGUUUGGUACCAUAAAAGGCCUUCUGCUUCAUAGGAAAAUACACUCGCUUGAAGCAGGUUUGAAAUGUUGCUACUGUGGAAUAAAUUUUGAUACUGAACAGAGCCUCAUUGAGCACAAACGGAUAUCCCACGGAGAAAAGCACGUUUGCAGUAUCUGUGGUGAAGAAUUCGCUGAAAAGCACAACCUCAAGGUUCACCUCGCAAAACAUAUGCAUCUUCGUCAUAGCGCUGAGCGGCCGUUCAAGUGCGAAAUCUGUGGCAAAGGAUUCAGGACUGAAGGUUAUCUCUCGGUACACAGAAAAACUCACACCGACGAACAACGAUACAAAUGUGACGUAUGUGGUAGAGCAUUUGCCAAUACGAUCAAACUUGGCCACCAUUUACAGUGUCACAAGGACGAAAAAAAAUUCCAAUGUGAAAAAUGUGACAGAAGCUUCUCCGAGAGAAAACAAUUUGACAACCACAUGAGACAUCACAUCACCGAACGUCCUCAUAAAUGUUCCAUUUGCGCUAAAGAGUUUACAUUUCCGUAUUUACUGAAAAUACAUAUGAGCGGCCACAGCCUUGAAGAAGUAUUUAAGUGCGAUAUCUGCGGCUCAUCAUACAAGUCACUCACUGCAUUGAACUUUCAUAGAAAAUCCCACACGUACCUCGGGGCACAUCCUUUUAGAUGUGAACUGUGUGGUUGCCAGUAUGGUAGCAUGAGAGGCCUUCAACUUCAUAGGAAAAUACACUCGCUCGAAGCAGGUUUGAAAUGUUCCUUCUGUGGGAUACAUUUUGCUACUAAACAGAGCCUAACCAGGCACAAACGGACAGUCCAUGCUAGUCACGAAGAAAAGCAUGUUUGCACUGUCUGUGGUAAAGAAUUCGCUAGGAAGCUAAACCUCAAGGUUCACAUGAGACUGCACACCGGGGAGAGACCUUUCGAAUGUAACAUUUGCAAGAGAACCUUCCACAUAAAGGAAAAACUGGUAUAUCAUAACAUCAAAGAACAUGGUAUAGAAAGUCCGCACAAAUGUUCCGUUUGCAGCAGGGCGUUCCAAUCCGGUGCUAAUCUCGCACAACAUAUGCAUCGUCACAGCGUCAAGCGGCCGUUUAAGUGCGAAACUUGUGGAAAAGGAUACAGGACUGAAGGUUAUCUCUUUGUACACAGGAAAACUCACAUCGGUGAGCGGCGAUUCAAAGCUAGCACGGGUCAACUCAACGUCCAUUUAGUGGAACACCCCGGGGAACAAGUUUUCCAAUGUAAAAUAUGCGACAAAAGCUUCUCCCAGAAGAAACAAUAUAUGAACCACCGAAGGGCACACGACACGGCAAGACCCUAUAAAUGUUCUGUUUGUGCUAAAGGGUUUCGGUUUUCGUAUCUACGCAGAAAUCAUAUGCGCCGUCAUAGCGAUGAGUGGCCCUUUCAGUGCGAUGUCUGUGGUGGAGGAUACAAGACAGAAGGUCGCCUUGCGUUACACAGGAAAACACACACCGAAGAACCGAAAGUUUUAAGCAAUACGGCUGAGCUUGGUCACCAUGAAACGACCCACACGGAAAAGCAAAUUUUCCAAUGCAAAAAAUGUGACAGAAGCUUCCUCCAUAAGAUACAAUAUUGGAACCACCGGAGAGUACACAAAACGGCACGCCCCCAUAAAUGUUCUGUUUGCGCUAGAGGAUUUCGGUUUUCAUAUCUGCUCAGAAUUCAUAUGCGCCGUCAUAACGAUGAGUGGUCGUUUCAGUGCGAUAUCUGUGGUGGAGAAUACAAGACAGAGGGUCGUCUUUUGGCCCACAGGAAAACACAUACCGAUGAACCGAAAGUUUUUAGCAAUACGGGUGAGCUUGGCCACCAUGAAACGACCCAAACGGAAAAGCAAAUUUUCCAAUGCAAAGAAUGUGACAGAAGCUUCCUCCAGAAGACACAAUAUAAGAACCACCGGAGAGCACACAACACGGCACGACCCUAUAAAUGUUCUGUCUGCGACAAAGGGUUUCAGUUCUCAUAUUUGCUCAGAGAUCAUAUGGGCCGUCAUAGCGAUGAGUGGCCCUUUCAUUGCGAUAUCUGUGGUGGAGGAUACAAGACAGAGGGUCGCCUUUCGGCACACAGGAAAACACACACCGACGAACCGAAAGUUUUUAGCAAUACCGGUGAGCUUGGCUACCAUGAAACAACCCACACGGAAAAACAAAUUUUCCAAUGCAAAGAAUGCGACAGAAGCUUCUCCCAGAAAAUACAAUAUUUAAACCACCGGAGAGUACACAACACGGCAAGACCCUAUAAAUGUUCUGUCUGCGACAAAGGGUUUCAGUUUUCAUAUUUGCUCAGAAAUCAUAUGCGCCGUCAUAGCGAUGAGUGGCCCUUCAAGUGCGAUAUCUGUGGUAGAGGAUACAAGACAGAAGGUCGCCUUUCUUUUCACAGGAAAACACACACCGACGAACCGAAAGUUUUUAGCAAUACGGGUGAGCUUGGCCACCAUGAAACGACCCAUACGGAAAAGCAAAUUUUUCAAUGUAAAAUAUGCGACAAAAACUUCUCCCAGAAGGGACAGUAUAUGAACCACCAGAGAGCACACAACACCGCACUGCCCUAUACAUGUUCUGUUUGUGCUAAAGGGUUUCGGUUCUCGUAUCUGCUCAGAAAUCAUAUGCGCCGUCAUAGCGAUGAGUGGCCCUUCCAGUGCGAUGUCUGUGGUGGAGGAUACAAGACAGAAGGUCGCCUUGCGUUACACAAGAAAACACACACCGACGAACCGAAAGUUUUUAGCAAUACGGGUGAGCUUGGCCACCAUGAAACGACCCAUACGGAAAAGCAAAUUUUUCAAUGUAAAAUAUGCGACAAAAACUUCUCCCAGAAGGGACAGUAUAUGAACCACCAGAGAGCACACAACACCGCACUACCCUAUACAUGUUCUGUUUGUGCUAAAGGGUUUCGGUUCUCGUAUCUGCUCAGAAAUCAUAUGCGCCGUCAUAGCGAUGAGUGGCCCUUUCAGUGCGAUAUCUGUGGUGGAGGAUACAAGACAGAAGGUCGCCUUGCGUUACACAGGAGAACACACACCGACGAACCGAAAGUUUCGAGCAAUAUGGGUGAGCUUGGUCACCAUGAAACGACCCACACGGAAAAGCAAAUUUUCCAAUGCAAAGAAUGUGACAGAAGCUUCUUCCAGAAGAUACAAUAUAGGAACCACCGGAGAGUACACAACACGGCACGACCCUAUAAAUGUUCUAUCUGCGACAAAGGGUUUCAGUUCACAUAUUUGCUCAGAAAUCAUAUGCGCCGCCAUAGCGAUGAUUGGCCGUUCCAGUGCGAUAUCUGUGGUGAAGGAUACAAGACAGAAGGUCACCUUGCGGUACACAGGAAAACCCACACCGGUGAACUGAAUUUUUCUAGCAAUACGGUUGAGCUUGCCGACCAUGAAACGACCAACACGAAAACGCAAAUUUUCCAAUGUAAAGUAUGUGACAGGAGCUUCUCCCAGAAGAGACAGUAUAUGAACCACCAAAGAGUACACAUCACGGCACGACCCUAUAAAUGUUCUGUCUGUUCCAUAGGCUAUCAGUUUUCAUAUUUGCUCAGAAAUCAUAUGCGUCGUCAUGGCGAUGAGUCGCCGUUCCAGUGCGAUAUCUGUGGUGCAGGAUACAAGACAGAAGGUCACCUUGUGGUACACAGGAAAACCCACACCAGUGAACCGGAAGUUUUUAGCAAUACGGUGGAGCUCGCCGACCAUGAAACGACUAACACGAAAAAGCAAAUUUUUCAAUGUUUAAUAUGCGACAGAAGCUUCGCCCAGAAGAAACAAUAUAUGAACCACCGAAGAGCACACAACACGGCACGUCCCCAUAAAUGUUCUGUCUGCGCCAAAGGGUUUCAGUUUUCAUGUUUGCUUAGAAAUCAUAUGCGCUGUCAUAGCAAUAAAUGGUCGUUUCAGUGCGAUAUCUGUGGUAAAGGAUACAGAUCAGAAGAUCGCCUUUCGGUACACAGGAAAAUCCACACCGGCGAACAUAAGUACACAUGCGAAAUAUGUGGUGAGGUUUUUAGCAAUACGGUUAAACUUGGCUACCAUCAAACGACCCACAUGGAAAAGCAAAUUUUCCAGUGUAAAGUAUGUAACAGAAACUUCUCCCAGAAAAUACAAUAUUUGAACCACCGUAGGGCACACAACACGGCACGCCCCCAUAAGUGUUCUGUUUGCGCUAAAGGAUUUCAGUUUUCAUAUCUGCUCAGAAGUCAUAUGCGCCGUCAUAACGAUGAUUGGCCGUUUCACUGCGAUAUUUGUGGUGAAGGAUACAAAACAGAAGGUCAUCUUUUGGUACAUAGGAAAUUACACACCGGCGAACAUCACACGGAAAAGCGAAUUUUCCAAUGCAAAGAAUGUGACAAAACCUUCUCCCAGAAGAUUCAGUAUAGGAACCACCGGAGAGUACACAAUACGGGACGCCCCCAUAAAUGUUCUGUCUGUGCCAUAGGGUUUAAGUUUUCAUAUUUGCUCCGAGAUCAUAUGCGUCGUCAUGGCGAUGAGUGGCCGUUUCAGUGCGAUAUCUGUGGUGAAGGAUACAAGACAGAAGAUUGCUUUACGGCACACAGGAAAACACACACUGGGGAACCGAAAGUUCUUAGCAAUACGGGUAAACCUGUCUGCCGUGAGAAGACCCCCACGGAAAAGCAAAUUUUCCAAUGUAAAGUAUGUAACAAAAGCUUCUCCCAGAAAAUACAAUAUAGGAACCACCGGAGAGCACACAACAGGGCACGUCCUCAUAAAUGUUCUGUUUGCGCUAAAGAAUUUCAGUUUUCAUAUCUACUCAGAGAUCAUAUGCACCGUCAUGACGAUGAUUGGCCGUUUCACUGUGAUAUUUGUGGUGAAGGAUACAAAACAGAAGGUCACCUUUUGGUACAUAAGAAAAUACACACCGGCGAACAUCACACGGGAGAGGAACUUUUCCAAUGUAGUGUAUGUGACAAAAGCUUCUCCCAGAGGAAACAGUAUUUGAACCACCGGAGGGUACACAUUACGGCACGACCCCAUAAAUGCUCCAUUUGCGCUAAAGAGUUUAAGUUUUCAUAUUCGCUCACAGCUCAUAUGCGCUGUCACGAUGAUGAUCGACCGUUUAAGUGUGAUAUCUGCGGUGAAGGAUACAAGACAGAAGGUCGCCUUUUGUCACACAGGGAUACACACACCGGCAAACAUAACCCGGGAAAGCAUAUUUUCCAAUGUAAAGUAUGUGACAGAAGCUUCUCCCAGAAGAGACAAUAUUUGAACCACCGGAGAGUACACAUUACGGCACGACCCCAUAAAUGCUCCAUUUGCGCUAAAGAGUUUAAGUUUUCAUAUUUGCUCAGAGUUCAUAUGCGCUGUCACGAUGCUGUUCGACCGUUUAAAUGUGAUAUCUGCGGUGAAAGAUACAAAACUAAAAGUUGCCUUUCGGUACACAGGAAAGCACACACCGGUGAACAUCACACGGGAGAGCAAUUUUUCCAAUGUAGUGUAUGUGACAAAAGCUUCUCCCAGAGGAAACAGUUUUCGAACCACCGGAGAUCACACAUCACGGCACGACCCCAUAAGUGUUCUAUUUGCGCCAAAGCGUUUCAGUUUUCACACUUGCUCAGAAAUCAUAUGCGCUGUCACGAUGAUGAUCGACCGUUUAAGUGUGAUAUCUGCGGCUUGUCAUACAAGUUCGCCAAUAGUAUGGUCGUUCAUAGAAAUACCCACACGAUUCUGCAGCUGAAGUCUUUCGAGUGUGACUUGUGCGGUGCGCAGUUUACUCAUAAAAAUAGCCUUAAUGCUCAUAGGAAUAUACACACACUCGAAGCACGCUUCAACUGUUCCCACUGUGGAAUAAAUUUUUCCUCUAAACACGACCUAACUAACCACAAACGAAUGUCCCAUGCUGACGAGCCUCAGCAGGAAUGUAACGAAGUAAACCAAAAGCAGAUUUGCACUGUUUGUGGCAAAGAGGUAGCUAGCCCGCGUAACCUCAAGUUUCACAUGAGACUGCACACCGGGGAGCGGCCAUACAAAUGUGACCUGUGCAGCAAUGCUUUCAACACAAAAGAAAAACUUGUCUACCAUAUAAUCAAAGAACAUCACACUGAGGGUCCUCACAAAUGUCCCGUUUGCAUGAAAAUGUUCAAAUUCGCCUCUAAUCUUGCAAAACAUAUGCGCCUUCACAACCUUGAGCGGCCGUUUAAGUGCAACGUUUGUGAUUCUUCCUACAGAUCGUCUAAUGCGCUAGAAAUCCAUGCAAAAACGCAUAUUCCGGUUUUUGAAGAGAAACCGUAUCCGUACAAGUGUGGCGUUUGUGACGAAAUGUUCCAGACGACUACAGAAUUAUCAACCCACCGCAAGGUGCAUGACAACGAUGAAGUAGUCUCCUCACUUGAAACAAUCCAUAGUGUAGACAACGAAGUGCAACUUGAAACUAGUGACCCACAAACGCACCAUCCAUACAAGUGUGAUGUCUGCAAUGAGGUUUAUUUUACCGAAGAAAUGCUUGAACAACAUCAAAAAUGUCAUAAGCUGGAACCGGAGGCGGAUACUGCAAACUUACAAAACCACAUGUGCGAUAUUUGCGGCAAAGAAUUCUCAGAAAAAUCUUCCCUUGGGGUUCAUAUGCAAAUUCACACCGCGGAACAACCAUUCGAGUGUAACGUGUGUGGCAAAUCUUUCAAUCUAAUUCAAACGUUAAGAGAACAUCUUUCGCUUCACGAGAAAGCGCCGAGCAAGGAGUCCUCCCACGAAUGUCUGGAUUGCGGUAAAACGUUCAUAUUCAAAUCUAGUCUCAAUGCGCACCGAAAAGUCCAUAUUCCCAGUUUCGAUAGUAAAAAUGGGAAACAAUCACUCGUCAACAAAUGUCAAGUGUGCGGUUCAACCUUCCAAAGCGAGAGCCAGUUAUUGAUCCACGUGCAAACGCAUUGCCUAAUAGCUGUACACCCGUGUACGACUUGUUGGAAAGAAUUCCCAAAUCGCAGCAAACUGGAGGAACAUAUGCAGUCCCACAGCGACGAGCGUCGAUUCGGCUGCGAUAUCUGCGGCUCGGCCUACAAGUCACUCAGUAGUCUAAAGGCUCACCGUAAAACGCACCUCUCUCUGGUACCAAAGCCCUUCGAGUGUGAUUUGUGUGGUACGCGAUUCGUUCAUAAAACUUCUGUCAAGCUGCACAAGAAGGCUCACUGCAAGAAUCGAACGCGCAACGUUAAGGAUUCGAUACCAGAAUAGGAAUCAAAUGUCUCUUUGAAAUUAGAUGCCUAUUCAACCUUCAUCACUUUUGCUACAGCCAUACGGAACCGGUACAUGUCCCUGAUGUUAUCACCGAUCGCGAUAACAGUGUUUACGUACACCUACUUGCAAACGGAUGUCUUGAACUCGGCCCGAACACUUUCUGACGUGGGGGUAUACCG